CCGGUGCAGACGCGGAACUGGCGCCCGCUCGCAGCGGCGCCCGGCUAGGAAGCGACGAGCGCUCCGCGGUCGGGAGACGUCGGGCGGGCCUGGCAGGUUCCUCCGAGAGUAGAUUAUAUCAAAAUUCCUCAUUGGAAUGCUGGCUCCUUGCUCAGUGCCCUGAAGUUUUUCUGCGAUGAACUGACAAAUUGGAACCAUGGUGCAAAAGAAGUCCUGCCCUCGGUUACUUGACUAUUUAGUGAUCGUAGGGGCAAGGCACCCAAGCAGUGAUAGUGUGGCCCAGACUCCCGAACUGCUGCGGAGGUACCCACUAGAGGAUCACCCGGAGUUUCCCCUGCCCCCAGAUGUGGUGUUCUUCUGCCAGCCAGAGGGAUGUCUGAGUGUGCGGCAGAGGCGCAUGAGCCUUCGAGACGAUACCUCUUUUGUCUUCACCCUAACCGAUAAGGACACUGGAGUCACCCGCUAUGGCAUCUGUGUCAACUUCUAUCGUUCCUUCCAAAAGCGAAUGCCAAAGGAAAAGGUGGAAGGCGGAGCAGGACCUCGUGCAAAGGAAGGAGCUCCUGCCCCCUGCGCCUCAGAAGAGGCUGCUGCUGAGAGUGGCUCAACCUUGCAGCCUCCUAGUGCCGACUCCACUCCUGACGUAAACCAGUCUCCUCGGGGCAAACGUAGGGCAAAAGCGGGCAGCCGCUCCCGCAACAGCACCCUGACAUCCCUGUGUGUGCUUAGCCACUACCCUUUCUUCUCUACCUUCAGAGAGUGUCUGUAUACUCUCAAACGUCUGGUAGACUGCUGUAGUGAACGGCUGCUAGGCAAGAAACUGGGCAUCCCUCGAGGCGUACAAAGGGACACCAUGUGGCGAAUCUUUACUGGAUCCCUGCUAGUGGAGGAGAAGUCCAGUGCCCUUCUGCAUGACCUUCGAGAGAUUGAGGCCUGGAUCUAUCGGUUGCUACGCUCCCCGGUGCCUGUCUCUGGGCAGAAGCGAGUGGACAUUGAGGUCCUACCCCAGGAACUCCAGCAGGCCCUGACAUUUGCUCUUCCAGAUCCAUCUCGGUUCACCCUAGUAGACUUCCCUCUUCACCUUCCCUUGGAACUUCUGGGUGUAGAUGCUUGUCUUCAGGUGCUAACCUGCAUCCUGUUAGAGCACAAGGUGGUGCUACAGUCUCGAGACUACAAUGCACUCUCCAUGUCUGUGAUGGCGUUUGUGGCAAUGAUCUACCCCCUGGAGUACAUGUUCCCUGUCAUCCCGCUACUUCCGACCUGCAUGGCGUCGGCCGAGCAGCUGCUCUUGGCUCCAACCCCAUACAUCAUUGGAGUUCCUGCCAGCUUCUUCCUCUACAAGCUAGAUUUCAAAAUGCCUGAUGACGUGUGGCUAGUGGAUCUGGACAGCAAUAGAGUGAUUGCCCCCACCAAUGCAGAAGUGCUCCCCAUCCUGCCGGAACCAGAAUCAUUAGAGCUGAAAAAACACCUAAAGCAGGCCCUAGCCAGCAUGAGUCUCAACACCCAGCCCAUUCUUAACCUGGAGAAGUUCCACGAGGGCCAGGAGAUCCCGCUUCUCCUGGGAAGACCUUCUAAUGACCUUCAGUCCACUCCUUCCACUGAAUUCAACCCGCUCAUUUAUGGCAAUGACGUGGAUUCAGUCGAUGUUGCAACAAGAGUGGCCAUGGUGCGUUUCUUCAACUCUGCUAACGUGCUGCAGGGCUUUCAGAUGCACACACGUACCUUGCGACUCUUCCCUCGGCCUGUGGUAGCUUUCCAGGCUGGCUCGUUUCUGGCCUCACGUCCCCGGCAAACUCCCUUUGCUGAGAAACUCGCCAGGACUCAAGCUGUGGAGUAUUUUGGAGAAUGGAUCCUGAACCCUUCUAACUAUGCCUUCCAGCGGAUUCACAACAAUACGUUCGAUCCAGCCCUGAUUGGUGACAAGCCAAAGUGGUACGCUCACCAGCUGCAGCCCAUCCAUUAUCGAGUCUAUGACAGCAAUUCUCAGCUGGCCACAGCCCUGAGUGUACCACCGGAGCAUGAUUCUGAUUCUGACCCCACUGAUGACAGCGGCAGUGAUAGUCAGGACUAUGAUGACUCCAGCUCUUCUUACUCCUCCCUUGGGGACUUCGUCAGUGAAAUGAUGAAAUGUGACAUCAAUGGCGACACUCCCAAUGUGGAUCCUCUGACGCAUGCAGCCCUGGGAGAUGCCAGUGAGGUGGAGAUUGAUGAGCUGCAGCCCCAGAAGGAGGGAGAGGAGCCUGGCCCAGACAGUGAGAACUCUCAGGAGAACCCUCCGCUGCGCUCCAGCUCCAGCACCACUGCCAGCAGCAGCCCCAGCACCGUUGUCCACGGUGCCCACUCUGAACCUGCUGAUGCUACAGAGAUGGGAGAUAAGGCAGCAGCAGGCAUCUCCAAGCCCCUCCCUCCUGUGCCUCCCAGCAUUUGCAAAUCUACUGUGGACAGGAGACAGACAGAGACUGGAGAGGGGUCAGUGUGCCAGCGAACCUAUGAAAAUCCGUACUUCGAGCCCCAAUAUGGCUUUCCCCCUGAGGAAGAUGAGGAUGAGCAGGGGGAGAGCUACACUCCCCGAUUCAGCCAACAUGUCAGUGGCAGUCGGGCUCAAAAGCUGCUGCGGCCCAACAGCUUGAAGCUGGCAAGUGACUCAGAUGCAGAGUCAGACUCCCGCGCAAGUUCUCCCAACUCCACUGUCUCUAACAACAGCACCGAGGGCUUCGGGGGCAUCAUGUCUUUUGCUAGCAGCCUAUAUCGGAACCAUAGUACAAGCUUCAGCCUUUCAAACCUCACACUGCCCACCAAAGGUGUCCGAGAGAAGACCACACCGUUCCCCAGCCUGAAAGUAUUUGGGCUAAAUACUCUAAUGGAGAUUGUUACUGAAGCCGGCCCUGGGAGUGGUGAAGGAAACAGGAGGGCCUUAGUGGACCAGAAGUCAUCUGUCAUUAAACACAGCCCAACUGUGAAAAGAGAGCCUCCAUCACCACAGGGCCGGUCCAGCAAUUCUAGCGAGAACCAGCAGUUCCUGAAGGAAGUGGUCCACAGUGUGCUGGACGGCCAGGGAGUGGGCUGGCUCAAUAUGAAAAAGGUACGCCGGCUGCUAGAGAGUGAGCAGCUUCGAGUUUUUGUUCUGAGCAAGCUGAAUCGUGCGGUGCAGUCAGAGGAUGAUGCCCGGCAGGAUGUCAUCCAAGAUGUGGAGAUCAGUCGGAAGGUGUACAAGGGAAUGCUAGACCUCCUCAAGUGCACAGUCCUCAGCCUUGAGCAGUCCUACGCCCAUGCGGGUCUGGGUGGCAUGGCCAGCAUCUUUGGGCUCUUGGAGAUUGCCCAGACCCACUACUAUAGUAAAGAACCAGACAAACGGAAGAGAAGUCCAACAGAGAAUGUAAAUACCCCAGUUGGCAAGGAUCCAGGUCUAGCUGGGCGGGGGGACCCAAAGGCAAUGGCCCAGCUAAGGGUCCCCCAGCUGGGUCCUCGGGCACCAAGUGCUACAGGAAAGGGUCCUAAAGAACUGGAUACCAGAAGUUUAAAGGAAGAGAAUUUUGUAGCAUCUGUUGGGCCAGAGGGCAUCAAGCCUGUCUUUGACCUGGGUGAGACGGAGGAGAAAAAGUCCCAGAUCAGCGCAGACAGUGGUGUGAGCCUGACAUCUGCUUCCCAGAGGACUGAUCAAGACUCUGUCAUCGGUGUGAGUCCAGCUGUUAUGAUCCGAAGCUCAAGUCAGGAUUCUGAAGUUAGCACCGUGGUGAGUAAUAGUUCGGGAGAGACCCUCGGAGCAGACAGUGACCUGAGCAGCAAUGCAGGUGACGGGCCAGGAGGCGACAGCAGUGCCCACUUGGCAAGUUCUCGGGCCACUCUGUCUGAUAGCGAAAUUGAAACCAAUUCUGCUACGAGCACCAUCUUUGGUAAAGCCCAUAACUUGAAGCCAAAGGAGAAGCCAGCUGGUAGUCCAGUUCGCUCUUCCGAAGAUGUAAGCCAGCGAGUCUAUCUCUAUGAGGGACUACUAGGAAGGGACAAAGGAUCGAUGUGGGACCAGUUAGAGGAUGCUGCUAUGGAGACCUUUUCUAUAAGCAAAGAGCGGUCUACUUUAUGGGACCAAAUGCAAUUCUGGGAAGAUGCAUUCCUAGAUGCUGUGAUGUUGGAAAGAGAAGGAAUGGGUAUGGACCAGGGUCCUCAGGAAAUGAUCGACAGGUACCUGUCCCUAGGAGAACACGACCGGAAGCGCCUGGAGGAUGAUGAAGAUCGCCUACUGGCCACACUUUUACACAACCUCAUAUCCUAUAUGCUGCUGAUGAAGGUGAACAAGAAUGACAUCAGGAAGAAAGUACGGCGUCUAAUGGGAAAGUCCCACAUUGGGCUGGUAUACAGCCAGCAAAUCAAUGAGGUGCUCGAUCAGCUGACCAACCUGAAUGGACGUGACAUUUCCAUCCGCUCCAGUGGCAGCCGGCACAUGAAGAAGCAGACAUUUGUUGUGCAUGCAGGAACAGACACAAAUGGAGAUAUCUUCUUCAUGGAAGUGUGUGAUGACUGCGUGGUGUUACGCAGUAACAUCGGGACAGUGUAUGAGCGCUGGUGGUAUGAGAAGCUCAUCAACAUGACCUACUGUCCCAAGACCAAGGUCCUGUGCUUAUGGCGUAGAAAUGGCUCUGAGACCCAGCUCAACAAGUUCUAUACCAAGAAGUGUCGGGAGCUGUACUACUGUGUGAAGGACAGCAUGGAGCGUGCUGCUGCCCGACAACAAAGCAUCAAACCCGGGCCUGAGCUAGGUGGUGAGUUCCCUGUGCAGGACAUGAAGACUGGAGAGGGUGGCUUGCUUCAAGUCACCCUGGAAGGGAUCAAUCUCAAGUUCAUGCACAACCAGGUUUUCAUAGAGCUGAAUCACAUUAAAAAGUGCAAUACAGUUCGAGGCGUCUUUGUCCUGGAAGAAUUUGUUCCUGAAAUUAAAGAAGUGGUGAGCCACAAGUACAAGACGCCAAUGGCCCACGAGAUCUGCUACUCUGUCUUGUGUCUCUUCUCGUAUGUGGCCGCAGUUCGUAGCAGUGAAGAAGACCUCCGAACCCCACCUCGGCCUGUCUCUAGCUGAUAGAGAAGGGUUACACAGCUGGCCCAGCCCAGGGGUCACGCCUCACCUCUUGCUGCUCCUAAGCGCCGAAGCUGCUGUGACUGAGACAGGGAUGAUGUGUGUAUGUUCUCUGCAAGCUCCUUCUCAUGGUUUAGCUGGUUUCAUUUUAUGUCUGAGUGUGUCUUUGUGUUCAUCUGUCAUGGGGCUAAGCUAGCCUCAUUACCUUCUCUUCUUACACUAGCAGACUAGCCUUCUGUCCCCUCAGGGCUCCAGAGUGUGUGUGUGUGUGUGUGUGUGUGUGUGUGUGUGUGUGUGCGCGCGCGCAUCUGUCUGUGUGGUCACUGUUAGCCCACUAUUGCCUGUCUUUGAGAUGUUUGCACUGUGGCCCCACGUCCUAGUUCUUAUACCCUCCAGUUUAGGGCUCUUCUCUCCAUCCUCUGUGAUCCGGCACUGCAGGGUACCUGGGACAGUUCCACUCUGGGAAGUGAGAGACACUUGGGGACAAACCUUCCUGGCUGAGGGUCCGGGAGGAGGAAGGGAGGAUUCCAAGGAAGCCCAGUAAGUGGCAACCUUCCUGCUUCCUCACAGUUUGUAAGCUGUGGUUGCAGGUCACGCUGCUGCCUGCCCCAGCUCCAUCGACGAGUGUUCUGAAUGACUGCCAUGUGCUGAGCUGGGAGUUCCGCAGUGUUCUUCCUGGCCUUUGGCAUGAGAGGACAGAGGAGUGACAUGAUGGUGUCCCAGACAGCACCAGCUGCUCUGCCUAAGAGCUGGGGCUAGGUGGGUCAGGGCAGAAUUGAGCCCAGCAUGCAUGCCUGUCUACAGGCAGUCUCCUGACUUCAGUGCCAGAAGAAAGCUAUGGACUAGAUAGGAGAAGAAUGUAAAUAUUUCAGCUCCACAUUAUUUAUAGAAAAAUGUACAGCUGUGUGAUGUGAAAUAAAUGUCCUGAACUCUG